AUGCAAAAAGCAGAAGAAUAAUACUAAACUCUCUACAAACUCCAACCGGAACCAGUGACUACUCCAGAAAUCAAAGGCUACGAUUUCAAUCAAGGAGUCGAUUUCGAUGCACUCCUAAACUCUUAUGCCAACUUCGGAUUGCAAGCCACCCAAUUGAGCACAGCAAUCGAUCUAAUCAACAAAAUGAUUCAUUGGCGAAUGGGUCCAAACGAAGACAACGAAGACCCCAACACCAGAUGUACCAUAUUCUUAGGUUACACUAGUAAUAUGGUAUCAUCAGGCAAUAGAGACAUCAUCAGAUACUUGGCUCAACAUAAAAUGAUUGAUGCCAUCGUCACUACUGCUGGAGCAAUUGAAGAAGAUCUCAUGAAAUGCAUCUCCACCUUUCACAAAGGAGAUUGGUAAGCCAAUGACAAAGAAAUAAGACUAAAAGCCAUUUGUCGUAUUGGUAAUAUUUAUGUUCCUGCUGCAAACUAUGGAAAACUAGAGGAUUGGCUACUCCCAGUAUUCUAGGAAAUGUAUAAAGAAUAAAAAGAAAAAGGAACUAUUUGGUCACCAUCAUCUAUGAUCAAAAGAUUUGGAGAGAAAAUCAAUGAUGAGAGAUCAAUUUACUAUUGGUGUGCAAAAAACAAUAUCCCUGUGUAUUGUCCUGCAUUAACAGACGGAGCCAUUGGAGACAUGAUGUUUUAUUUCAAUUAUAAGGAAGAAGGAUUUAUUUGUGAUAUCCUACAAGAUGUUGUUGCAUUAAACAAGAAAGCCAUGUUUGCCAAGAAGUCCGGAUUGAUUAUUCUUGGAGGAGGGGUUGUUAAACACCACAUCAUGAAUGCCAACAUCUGGAGGAAUGGAGCUGAUUGGGCAGUCUUUGUUAAUACAGGUAUCCAAUAUGAUGGAAGUGAUGCUGGAGCAAAACCCUCAGAGGGAAUCACUUGGGGCAAAUUAAGAAUUGAUGCAGAAUACGUCAAAGUAUUUUCUGAGGCCACUCUUGUAUUCCCAUUAAUUGUCGCAUAGACCUUCGCUAAACAUUUCUAAGAGGCCAAAAGAGUUUGA